AUGGACUCAGCGGCGGACUCACUCCUGGCUCUCUCUAAUACUGCCGUUGCCUACGCAGCCAAGGACACACCCCUCUCCGAUGAUGAUCGUUCCAGCAGCCUCAGCGAGUUGGACGAUGACCUCGAAGAUGGUGAAGAAGAAGACAUCGAAGCUGCUGUCACAGCCGAUGUGGAUUCUGAAGCCGAGACUGAACGUCUCCAGGCUACCCCAGAAAAUCUCGCCAGGAAAAAGCCUCCUGAGAUUAGCCCAAGCAAACUAUCCCAGAGACAAGACAUUGACAUGCGACCGGAGAUAGAGAGCUUCACAGAAAGUCCCGUCUCGUCCCCGAUCUCCUCACAUCACGAGUCAGAUCAUGAGGAAGGUCUCAGUGAGGGGCAUGAUGCAGAUGAAGAGGCCCCGGAGGUAGCUGCAGUCGAUCCUGCGGCUUCCCCGAACAAGCGCAAAAGGGAAGAAAGUGAAUCAGAUGUCGAAGAGGCCCCCAGAUCACAGAGACGACGGACAGGCUCCGUCGAGACAGAGGAUGAAAAGUCUGAACCAGAGACCGAUGCCGAGGAGAAUGACAGCCAUCAUUUACGGGAAAAUACAAUUGAACCCGAAGUCGGGGAGCCGCCAGAGCACGACGAAGAGGAAGUAGUGGAGCCAGAUGAAGUACCGAAAGAAGCUGAAAAGGCAGAUAGCAGUGAAGACUCCAAGGAUAAAGGCAAAAGCAGGCCUCGCAGGAAGGCAAAAGACCCAGUCAUCCAGGAACUACAACAUGAAGACGAAGAGGAUGCUGCACAUGCGGAAGAUUCCGAAGUCGCUGAUGAUAACGAUCUCGAGGCUGCACUAAAGAGCGAAGAGGAGCAAGCAAAGCGUAUGGCAGCCAUGGAAGCCCUGACUGCACUCGAGAGACACUUUGCGACAUUGAGAGACCGCCUCUAUGAUGAAAGAAUUGCAGCCUUAAAUCAUGAACUGCAGCUCUUGUCGGAACCCAAGCCAGCACAUCCUGAAUUAAUUCGCCAGGUGGAAGUGGUUCAGAAAUAUCGGGACGAGAAAUAUGAGAUCGAGCAAAAGCUGCUGGUCUACAAGAUCGGAGCCCUGAAGAACAAGGCUGUCGCUGAACGGAGUCAGAUACACAGCCAAUAUUUUCAAACAGUCAGGGAUAUUCGAGAGAGACAUCUGGAACGCCUCAGCGAGCAUUUCUACCGGAUCCAGCGAGACAGAUUCAAAGCCGAUUCGUCAGUACCAAGUUUCAGUAUACCCUUCCCAGAACGGAGGUCGCAGCAGAUCUUGCAACAAACAGCCUACAAUAAAGAGGUUUCAAUUCUGGCAGGUGUCGCCAAAUAUGUUGGCUUUCCUGCUGCACCAGAUCUGGCGCCAUCCAGGCAGAAGGAAAUAGAGGAUGACAUUCAGAAGAUGGGAAUCUCGCAGAGUCAUAUCCGGGCUGGCAGACCCAAUCAACGCCCAGCGGCUCAGACACAGAUAUCUGGACCCCAAGCAGAAGAGCAAUUUCUCGAACAGACGCCGUGGGCUAAUCCUCAACAUCCCAUCCAUCGAUUAAGUCGACAGAAUUCCAAUCGCUCCCCAAUGAGCGAAUUCCUGACGCCAGCGAACCAGCAACGAAACACGACCGACGGUCUUCAACCUCCAAGUGGGUCGGCAUCUACCAUCGUUGACCCUUCAGCUUCCGCGCCUGUGUCUUCAGCAAUGAACACACCUCACGAUGGGCAGAGUUGCGCGACGAAGGUCGAGGCGCAAGCUGCUGGAGGGUCCUCUGGUCUACAGAAUUAUCGCAUGCACUCGACGAGCCCUCUAGAUAUGCGGCGGCAACCUGUUCAAGCCGACAGCUCCGACCCUCAACGUCAGCAAGGGAGGGACAAGGAUGUCAUCGGUAGUGGACGGGACAUGGGCUCUUCGCCUUUGACCUCCCGGGCCUAUCUUAACACGACGGAGCCCCGAGCCCCAGCCAUCACCGCCGGAACUGGGAGGUUUAGCAUUCGGUAA